CGCCGGAUUUGGUUUCCCAGGCUAUCCCACGUGUUCGGGCGUCCCUGUCAAUCAAGUUUUUCCCCGGCUGGGUCCGGGUUUAAAGGCAGCUGCUGCGCAGGGCGCUCCCAUGGUGCCGCGCGGCGGGCGGGUUUGGAUUUUAAAUCCCCGCGGCCAAUCAGUGGCGCGCAGGCUUUUGUAACGUUCCCAGCGCCGCGUUUGAAUUCGGGGAGGAGCGGAGCGGUGCGGAGCGUCUGCUCGGAUCCAGGUCAGCAGAGCAGCUCCGGGAGCAUGAGUGCGGCGGUGACUGCAGGGAAGCUGGCACGGGCACCGGCCGACCCUGGGAAAGCCGGGGUCCCCGGAGUUGCAGCUCCUGGAGCUCCGGCGGCGGCUCCACCGGCGAAAGAGAUCCCGGAGGUCCUAGUGGACCCACGCAGCCGGCGGCGCUAUGUGCGGGGCCGCUUUUUGGGCAAGGGUGGCUUUGCCAAAUGCUUCGAGAUCUCGGACGCGGACACCAAGGAGGUGUUCGCGGGCAAGAUUGUGCCUAAGUCUCUGCUGCUCAAGCCGCACCAGAGGGAGAAGAUGUCCAUGGAAAUAUCCAUUCACCGCAGCCUCGCCCACCAGCACGUCGUAGGAUUCCACGGCUUUUUCGAGGACAACGACUUCGUGUUCGUGGUGUUGGAGCUCUGCCGCCGGAGGUCUCUCCUGGAGCUGCACAAGAGGAGGAAAGCCCUGACUGAGCCUGAGGCCCGAUACUACCUAAGGCAAAUUGUGCUUGGCUGUCAGUACCUGCACCGAAACCGAGUUAUUCACCGAGACCUCAAGCUGGGCAACCUUUUCCUGAAUGAAGAUCUGGAGGUGAAAAUAGGGGAUUUUGGACUGGCAACCAAAGUCGAAUAUGACGGGGAGAGGAAGAAGACCCUGUGCGGGACUCCUAAUUACAUAGCUCCCGAGGUGCUGAGCAAGAAAGGGCACAGUUUCGAGGUGGAUGUGUGGUCUAUUGGGUGUAUCAUGUAUACCUUGUUAGUGGGCAAACCACCUUUUGAGACUUCUUGCCUAAAAGAGACCUACCUCCGGAUCAAGAAGAAUGAAUACAGUAUUCCCAAGCACAUCAACCCCGUGGCCGCCUCCCUCAUCCAGAAGAUGCUUCAGACAGAUCCCACUGCCCGCCCAACCAUUAAUGAGCUGCUUAACGACGAGUUCUUUACUUCUGGCUAUAUCCCUGCCCGUCUCCCCAUCACCUGCCUGACCAUUCCACCGAGGUUUUCAAUUGCUCCCAGCAGCCUGGACCCCAGCAACCGGAAGCCCCUCACAGUCCUCAAUAAAGGCUUGGAGAACGCCCUGCCUGAGCGUACCCGGGAAAAGGAAGAACCAGUGGUUCGAGAGACAGGUGAGGUGGUCGACUGCCACCUCAGUGACAUGCUGCAGCAGCUGCACAGUGUCAAUGCCUCCAAGCCCUCGGAGCGUGGGCUGGUCAGGCAAGAGGAGGCUGAGGAUCCUGCCUGCAUCCCCAUCUUCUGGGUCAGCAAGUGGGUGGACUAUUCGGACAAGUACGGCCUUGGGUAUCAGCUCUGUGAUAACAGCGUGGGGGUGCUCUUCAAUGACUCAACACGCCUCAUCCUCUACAACGAUGGUGACAGCCUGCAGUACAUAGAGCGUGACGGCACCGAGUCCUACCUCACCGUGAGUUCCCAUCCCAACUCCUUGAUGAAGAAGAUCACCCUCCUUAAAUAUUUCCGCAAUUACAUGAGUGAGCAUUUGCUGAAGGCAGGUGCCAACAUCACGCCGCGUGAAGGUGAUGAGCUCGCCCGGCUGCCCUACCUGCGGACCUGGUUCCGCACCCGCAGUGCCAUCAUCCUGCACCUCAGCAAUGGCAGCGUGCAGAUCAACUUCUUCCAGGAUCACACCAAGCUCAUCUUGUGCCCACUGAUGGCAGCCGUGACCUACAUCGAUGAGAAGCGGGACUUCCGCACGUACCGCCUGAGUCUCCUGGAGGAGUACGGCUGCUGCAAGGAGCUGGCCAGCCGGCUCCGCUAUGCCCGCACUAUGGUGGACAAGCUGCUGAGCUCACGCUCGGCCAGCAACCGCCUCAAGGCCUCCUAAUAGCCGCCCUCCCCUCCGGACUGGUGCCCUCCUCACUCCCACCAGCAUCUGGGGCCCAUACUGGUUGGCUCCUGCGGUGCCAUGUCUGCAGUGUGCCCCCCAGCCCCGGUGGCUGGGCAGAGCUGCAUCAUCCUUGCAGGUGGGGGUUGCUGUGUAAGUUAUUUUUGUACAUGUUCGGGUGUGGGUUCUACAGCCUCGUCCCCUCCCCCUCAACCCCACCAUAUGAAUUGUACAGAAUAUUUCUAUUGAGUUCGGAACUGUCCUUUCCUUGGCUUUAUACACAUUAAACAGAUGUGAAUCUUC